GACCCACUAGAGAGGAGGGAAGAGGGGCUGAAAACGCUCAAAGCGGAGUAGUCUGGAGGGGAGUCGGGAUAGGUUCUCCCUGAGCAGUUUCUGUGCAGUCUCUUUUCUGGGCUCGGUGGUUCAGCGGCCUUCUACACAUGAUCAACUAGAGCUCCGUCUCUGACUGCGGCGUGAUCUGUCUCCUCGUUAACCAAACCACGCCCACAGUGUGUAUGGAGCAGUGUGAGAAUGCAGCAGCUCUGCUGGAGUCGGUCAGGGAGCAGGAGGUGCAGUUUGAACAGCUGACCCGGGCGCUCGAGGAGGAGAGGAGGAGAGUUGGCCUCCCUGCCACCAGCCCCUCGGCCCUGGGUCGCCCCCUUCCUCACAUGCAGAACGGGCGUCUAGGGGAUGCAGACAUAGAACGUCUGAAAUUGACCGACUCUUACAUAAACGGUGCACAGUACAGAAUGGUGGACCCUGCACACGGCACUCUUGAUGAGAACUAUACACCAGAGGAUGAUUCCCAGGAAGCACACUCGGUCUUUUCUGAGGAGGGAACCACCCGGCGGAUAGAUAAUGGGAUGAAGAAACCAGUCUUGCGCACAGUCAUUCCCUCUCUGACAAUGUCCAUCGACGGGGGAUUGUCGCCUGGUAUGGGCGUCUACAGCGCCACACUGGACCGCCCCUAUAGGCCAAUUCCAGGUGACUACCCCACCGCUACAGUUCCCAGAAACUAUCACUAUGGCCCUGUGGGAGGAUAUGAUGAAUACCGUGGAGGGCCCCCCUCAGAAGCAUACACCAGUCUGAGCCGAGGCUCGCACAUGGAUGAACGUUACAGGCCCGUUGAAGGCUACAGAACUCUGGACUCAGGUUACCGGGCGCCCAGUCGUCAGCUGGACCCAUAUACCGCUCAGCCCCAGGUGAGUCGUGGAAUGAGGGCUUUGGGCUCAGCAUUGGAGAUGAGAUACGGUCCUGGUCAUUUCGGUCUGGAGGAUGAUCAGCGCAGCAUGGUAUAUGACGACUACGGCAUGGGGCCUCCACCUAUGCACCCUGGAGGCUACGGCACUAUGCCACGGCUUGGUACAGGCCCAGUGGGGAUGGACAGACGCAGACUCAGGAGCUGUGAGGACACUUUAGAUAGUGACAUGGUUGGAGUUGAUCCUUAUGCGUUGGGGGUUCCUAUGAUGAUGGACAGGGGUAGCAUGGCUUCACUGGACAGCACAUUACGGAAGGCCCCUCCCACUUCAUGGAGACAGCCAGAACUGCCAGAGGUGAUUGCCAUGUUGAACUACCGUCUGGAUCCCGUUAAGACAAACGCUGCUGCCUUCCUCCAGCAUCUCACGUUUAAAAAUGACAAGGUAAAGUCAGAAGUGCGUCGCCUAAAGGGCAUUCCAGCCUUGGUGUCGAUGUUGGACCAUCCCAGUAAAGAGGUUCAUCAUUCAGCCUGCGGAGCCCUGAAGAACAUUUCAUACGGACGAGACGCAGACAAUAAGAUCGCCAUCAAAAACUGUGACGGAGUACCUGCUCUAGUCAGGUUACUGAGGAAGACCCACGACCAGGACCUUACUGACACGAUCACAGGCACCUUGUGGAACCUCUCAUCUCAUGAUUCGGUAAAGAUGGAGAUCGUGGACCACGCCCUUCAUGCCCUAGCUGAUGAGGUUGUGGUUCCUCACUCAGGCUGGGAGCGAGGAAGCAGCGGGGCAGAGGAGAGCAUCAAACCACGACACCUAGAGUGGGAGGUGUCUUUGACCAAUACUGCUGGCUGCCUUAGAAAUGUGAGCUCAGAACGAAGUGAGGCCAGGCGAAAGCUGCGAGAAUGCACAGGGUUGGUGGAUGCUCUGAUGUACAUCGUCCAGUCUCAAAUCAACCGCAAAGAUGUGGACGAUAAGUUGGUGGAGAAUUGUGUCUGCCUCCUGAGGAACCUGUCGUAUCAGGUUCACCGUGAAAUCCCCGGCUGCGAACGCUACGCCGAGGCUGCACCUCUCAAUCAGGGCUCAGCCCAAGCUCACAAAGGAGGCUGCUUUGGCUCACGAAAGGGCAAAGAUGAAUGGUUUUCCAAAGGGAAGAAAGAUGGAGAUGAUGGAAGUGUUGAUCAAAUUGAUAUUCCAAAGAGGACAACACCUGCCAAAGGUUAUGAGCUGCUGUUCCAGCCGGAGGUGGUUCGCAUUUACACAUCGCUGCUCAAAGAGAGCAAGAACCCCUCGGUGCUCGAAGCUGCUGCUGGCGCCGUCCAGAACUUGUGUGCCGGCCGAUGGACUUAUGGUCGGUAUAUCAGGGGCAUGGUGCGUCUGGAGAAGGGGCUCCCCAUGAUGAUAGAACUACUUGGUCACAGUAACGAUCGUGUGGUUCGGGCCAUGUCUGGAGCCUUGAGGAACCUCGCCAUCGACAGCAGAAACUGUGAACUGUUAGGUUUGCAUGCUGUGCCUCCCCUCGUGGCCAACCUGCCUGGAGGCCAGAACCAGUCUGGGCGCGCUCUGUCAGAGGAAACGGUGGUGUCUGUACUGAGCACGCUCGCUGAGGUGUUGGGCAGUAAUCUGGAAGCAGCAAAGACUCUCAGGGCUUCACAAGGCAUUGAGAGGCUGGUGCUUAUUAACAAGGAUGGCAAGCGCUCGGAUCGUGAGGUGCGAGGAGCAGGUCAGGUGCUGCAGCUCAUAUGGGCUCACAAAGAGCUGCGUCGGCCGCUGGAGAAAGACGGCUGGAAGAAGUCGGACUUCAUGGUCAACCUCCACCACGGCGCAACCACCAACGGUCCGAGCACCAGAGCUAACGGCACCUACGAGGACAGCACCACGCCCCUGCUGGACAGAGGAGAGAAGAGGGAUGUGAUUCCACUGAACAACCUUGGCCCCGAGGCCUACUCUACACUGGACCAGAGGGAGAGGAGACACACUCUCGAUGACGCCACAGACACUUUACAGCGAGGGGUGUAUGGGGGCAGAAAGGGCUCCCUGCCUCUGUUGGACUCCUACGAUGAAAAACUGAUAGUUUGUAUCACCCAGACUGGGCCGUCGCUGCCCCACCACUGCUACUGAGGAGAGAAGACUCUGACAUGGACUGUUCCUCUCUUCUUCCUCUUAAACUCCUCUCUUAUCGCCACACAGACGGGAUCGAAACACGAGGGUCGGCUUCCAAAGAGGCCGUGCUGCAGGCAAAGAGUUUCAAUGCAGCACGCAUGUACACACACUUAUCUCGUUCAAUUGUAGCAGCAGAAAUAUAUUCAGUUUAUAUAUAAUAAUUGUCUUCUAUAAAGGCAAUGACCUUUGUUGACAAUCAUUUAACUCGUCGUUCAGCUUUUUUUCCUGUGCUAUUGUCAAAAGUCGAACCUUUUCUUGGUCAAAAUGUUGCUGCCAACACCUUCAUCCUGAUGACAGAUUUGUAUUUAGACGUCUAUGUAGGGUAUAAGCUGUAUAUAAAAGGGAUGGCUGCGUUAGUUUUGGUUUGUUAAUUUAAAUGGUCCCUUCCCGCUGAGCGUUUGGACGUUGGACGUGCCGACAGGCUGCCCUGUAGAUGGAGAAUGUUUAUAUUGGGAGUUAUUUUCCUGUCUAGAGUUAUUUUCUGUGGGAUGAGCACAGACCUGAAAAGGACAAGUGUGUGUGUGUGUAUAUUUGUCAAAAACGAAACCUGUGGCUGCGUGCGUUUAAAAAUGAAUACAGACGUUUUGUUUUCCUCAUUGUGAGCGAGCGUGUCUUUGCGUGCACAGACCAGACACAUGUUACAUUACUUUUUUUUUAUAUAUAUAUAUGUUCCCGCUGCCUCUUUUGUGUGUGUCAUAGUUUAAUUUUGAAGUCGUCUUCUUCUC